GCCGCCGGAAGUGAGUUUCGCCUCUUCGGAAGCGGAUGGUCCGCUGGAACCUCGCGGGUCGGCGGCGGCAGCGGCGUGUGGCGGAGCUCCGGGCCAGAGGCGGGCCGACCUGCCGCCAUGGCCGGGGAUCAGGACCCGUUCGACGCCAUCGUGAUGGCGGAUGACAGGUUUCACGGGGAAGGGUACCAGGAAGGCUAUGAAGAAGGCAGCAGCUUGGGUAUCAUUGAGGGAAGACAACAUGGCACAUUGCACGGCGCUAAAAUCGGAUCUGAGAUCGGGUGCUACCAAGGUUUUGCUUUUGCUUGGAGGUGUCUCCUGCACGGUCGGGCCACUGAGAAAGACAGCAAAAAGAUGAAGGUCUUAGAAUCGUUGAUUGGAAUGAUUCAGAAAUUCCCUUACGAUGACCCUACUUACGCCAAACUUCACGACGACUUAGACAGAAUUCGAGGAAGAUUUAAGCAGCUUUGUUCGUUACUGAAUGUUCAGCCGGACUUUAAAAUUAGUGUGGAAGGUUCUGGACUUUCAUUUUGAGGACGACAGAUGAACAAAGACGAAACGUCAAGGACCGAUGUCUGUGUGUUAGGCGUUUAAAAAUGUGGUUGAAGGAGAGCAAUGAUGGGGUCGGUCUUCGUUGUUCUGGAGGGAGGCACCCAGUUUGGCCAAUGGAAGGGCUCCCUUCCCUGAUCUGCUUGUGUUGCCUCAGUGUCCCCACGGGGCCCCCCAUACAGGC